UUGAUCAAGUUGGUGAUAAAAAUGAUUUAAUAGCUCAAGAAUUUGUCAAUAAUAAUGAUAAAAUAAAUACAAUUAAUCUUAAAUUGGAAGUUAUGUUUCAAGAAAUACGUGACUUAAAAUCUGAAAACCCACCAACUAUCGAAAUCGUAGAUACAUGCACAGUUAAAGUUCAAAUUCACCCGCUGCUAAAUCACCAACUCCCCACGGUUGAGAUCACCAAAACCAUUGACCCAAACACCGUUGAAAUAACAAACAAACCACAAUUGAAAUUAUAG